AAUCAGAAUAGAAACAGUGAAUAGAAACAAGUAGAUGCAUGUGAGAGCAGAAAUGACUUCAGGCCUGCAGAGACAUGAACCAAACACUGUGCAACAUGAAGGAAAGAACCCACUUUAACUCAGAGAAAUCUGUCCGAUGCGGUCUGAGUUUACCAUCACUUUUUACAGCGUGGGCAGAGCCGCCUGAUUUAAGCCAGAUGUGGAGGAAAGAUGAGAAGAGUUUAAAGUGGAUGAGGAGAAGGAAAGGAAAAAUAAAAGGAAUAUUUUCCUGCUGUAGUAGUUGACUGCAGUUAAAGCAACAACUGCUGACUAUAUACAUUACGCAGUGCAUUCAGAAAGUAUUCAAACCCCUUCUCUUUUUAGCUUGACCACAACAGAGGGGCCAGUCCUACAAACACGAAUGUCACUGACUGACUGAUGAAGCUACACCACUGAUUGGUCAACCUAGUGUUAGAGUUUCUCCAGUUGCAAUUGCUCUUUGAAAUGAUUAGCACCUUUGAAGCUACAUUUACUGAUUUUUCUUCACCAAGGCACCUAAUGACUAAACUUUAGCUACUUUCCGUAGAAGAGAGUCGUCAGCAUUGCCAGGCAAGCACGAGGUCGGGCUUUCUCUCCGCAGACAAACCUCUCUGUGCGUCUCAUUCGAUUGAACGCAUGGCUGCCGACACAGACGCAGGGAUGAUCCGAACAGGUCAGGAGGAGUUUUUCAUUGAGCCGUUGGAUCGAAGGAGGACAGAAGGAGGAGAAGACGAGGAGGAGGGAGGACGACAGCACAUCGUUUAUCGCUCCUCAGCGAUCAAGAAACAACCGGCUGUCAAUCAAACUCCCGAUGACUUCCUCCGAGGUCCUCUUUUAGGUUCUCUGAACUUGAACCAGAAUGCGUUGUGGUCAACGUCCAGCUCAGCUCGACGACGGCGCUACAUUGAAGAGGCUGAGCUAUUUAACAUUGAGGUUUUGUUAGCUGUGGAUUAUUCUGUUCUUCUUUUCCACGGCCGAGACCACAUUCAGAAAUAUCUUCUGACACUGAUGAACAUAGUUAAUGAGAUCUAUCAGGAUCAUUCUCUGGGCGCCAACAUCAAUGUUGUCCUGGUCAGAAUCAUCAUGCUGUCUCCAACGAAGUCCCAGGAGCUGAUCUCUGUGGGGAAUCCCCAGAAGAGUUUGGAAAACGUUUGUGGCUGGUCGUAUCUCCAGCAGAGGGAGCAGAGUCACGCCGAGCAGCACGACCACACCAUCUACCUGACCAGACAGGAGUUCGGCCCGUCUGGCAUGCAGGGUUAUGCUCCUGUCACAGGAAUGUGUCGCUUAUAUCGGAGUUGUGUCCUCGUUUUGGAAGAUGGUUUUUCCUCGGCUUUCGUAGCUGCACAUGAAACAGGACAUGUGUUAGGUAUGGAGCAUGACGGUGAGGCGAAUAACUGUGCUGAUGAUGUGCCGUUGGGCAGCAUCAUGUCUCCGCGGGUUCAGGCCACCUUCCAUCGAUACCACUGGUCCAGGUGCAGCUGGAGGGAGCUGCACCAGUACUUGCAUACCUAUGACUGUCUCCGUGACGACCCGUUUAACCACGACUGGCCGGCUCAGCCUCAGUUGCCGGGGUUUCAGUACUCAAUGGACCAACAGUGUCGCUACGACUUUGGACCAGGAUACAGUCUCUGUACUGCAUACACAACCCAUGACCCCUGUAAACAGCUGUGGUGCAGUGACUACAACAACCCGUUCUUCUGUAAGACCAAGAAAGGUCCGCCGCUCGACGGGACAAAGUGUGGACCAGGGAAGCACUGUUUUAAAGGUUUCUGCAUGAAGUUAACCCCUGACCUCCUGAGACAAGAUGGCAGCUGGGGAAUGUGGAGUUCGUACGGCAGCUGCUCCAGGACCUGCGGGGGUGGGGUCAGGUUUCGGACCAGACGCUGUGACAACCCAGCUCCAGCCAACGGGGGGCGCACCUGCUUUGGAAACGGCUACGAAUUCCAGCUGUGCAGCCAAGAGGAGUGUCCACCACUGACUGACUUCAGGGAGGAUCAGUGUAAAGUCUGGAAUCCAUUUUUUGAACAUGAAGGAAAGAAACAUCAGUGGCUGCCCUACGAACAUCCUGACCCGGAUGAGCGCUGUCAAUUGUACUGUCAGUCCAAGGAGACGGCGGUGGUGGUUUCCAUGAACAGAAUGACGCACGAUGGGACGCCGUGUUCCUACAGCGACGCCUACAGUGUGUGCGUCCGUGGAGAGUGUGAGCAUGUAGGUUGUGAUGGACAGAUUGCUUCAGACCAGCAGGAGGAUCGAUGUGGAGUCUGUGGAGGAGAUAACUCCAGCUGUAAGAUCAUCAAAGGAAACUUCACCCGCAGCACCAGGAAACAAGGUUACCUGAAGAUCCUGGAUAUCCCCAAAGGAGCCCGACACCUGCUGAUCCAGGAGUUCAAAGGGACUCCUCACAUCUUAGCGGUGAAGAACCAGGAGACGGGUCACCUCUUCCUCAAUGAUGAAGAAGAGCUCCCAGAAUCCCGUGUGGUGAUCGAGAAGGGUGUGGCGUGGGAGUACAGCAACACUGAGGAGCAAGAGUCCAUCCAGACCACAGGACCACUGAAGUACGGAGUCCUGCUAAUGGUCCGUUCCCAUAGCGAUUCCAAGGUGACGGUGUCCUAUAAGUACAUCAUACAGGACCAUCUCCGGUCCUCACUGGAGUCCAACCUGGUGCAGGAGGACACCAUUUACUAUGAGUGGGCGCUGAAAAAGUGGUCGCACUGCUCCAAACCCUGUGGAGGAGGGAAACAGUACACGAGGUUCGGCUGCAGGAGGAAGGCCGAUGGGAAAAUGGUUCACAGGAUGUUCUGUUCCAACAUCAACAAACCGAGAGCCAUCAACCGCAACUGCAACACAGAUGCCUGCAGCUCACCACGCUGGGUGACUGGGGACUGGGAGGACUGCAGCGCCUCCUGUGGUCAGACUGGUUGGCAGCGGCGCUGGGUGAGCUGCCAGCUGGAGUCCAGCAGGGGGCAGCAGCAGCGCUCAGUGCACAGCAAACUCUGUCAGGACAACCGACCAGAUGGGAAACGUGCCUGCAACCGCUUUCCUUGCCCCGCCACAUGGCGAGCCGGGCCAUGGACACCGUGUUCAGUAUCUUGUGGAAUUGGGACUCAGGAGCGUCAGGUUGCGUGUUCAAGUCCUGAGGGUUCAGCCGGAAACUGCAGUGGACUUCAACCAUUUACAACCCGCACCUGCCAGUCCCCACCCUGCAACGGCGACCAGAAGAACGCCAUCAUCCAGUGGCUUUCCAGAUCCAAUCCAGACUUCCCAACUCCAAAGACCUCCUCCAGGCAGCGUUGCCGUGGUGACCGGUCAGCGUUUUGUCGGAUGGAGGUGUUGAGUCGGUACUGCUCCAUUGCAGGAUACCGGCAAAUGUGCUGCAAGUCCUGCAGCGAGGUAAACAUCAGCAACUCUGACAACCCCAGCAGCCUCAGCAACACGAACCUGCCAAUCACCAACAGCAGCUUGUGGAUAUCGACCACGGAGACAGUGAACUCAGCGUCCACCUCCACCCGGUCUGAUAGCAGCGACAUCGUCAGUGACAUCAUCAGCACUCCACCUCCCAGUUUCACUGUAUCUCCACGCACCAAUAUCAGGAGCCAUACCGACUUCAUCUACGUGGAGUACGACGAUUAUGAUGAAUAUUCGUCCUAUGAGAACCCUUCAGUUUCCUCUGAGACUCUGGAUAUCAUUCCAACUACUCCUACCCCAACUACAGCUUCUACUACUUCUAUUCCCAUUACUACUACUACCACGAGGCGUCCACGAAAAACUGCUCCACCACAUUUAUUCAAGAAGAAAACUACCGCUCCCACAAUGUCCCCUGCUACAGUUCCCAUGGUAACCCCUAAUAGUCCAACUCCGUCACCUGUCUGGAUGUCUGCCGCCCCAAAGUUUCCCGCCGUAACAUCAACUGAUCCUGAUGACAUCUUCACCACAACGUCGUCACCGAACACAUCAUCAGGAGGACAGAACCUUCAAACUAAAAUCAAUCUAACAGAAACUGAACCAGUGCCGACAUCUUCGUCUUCCUUCCCACUCUUUAAGAAGAACAACUCGGUGGACGAGGUCUCGUACCAGAUCGUGGGAUUGGACGGGGACAUCCCCAGAGGACAGCAGAACUACUUUGUGCCGCGGAUGCCGCCAUUCCGCGAGCGUACACAAAACAAACGUAUCCAGGAGCUUCUGAACGAGAAACGACGACAGGAUCUUCUAAAGAGACCUAACAGGAGCAGAGAGGGCCGGACUGACAGGAAGCAAACUGGAUUAUAAAAACACUAAAAUACAUCGGCAGGGUAUAGUUUUAUUGUUCACUCAUGAUGUCGCAUGUGCAACUUGCUCAUUUUCUGCUAACGCUAACCGACUCUUAACAAGAAACAGAGACAGACUGCACAGCCGACCAACAAAACGAACAGGUGAAGAUGAUUUUCCAACCAUGUUUCCUAAAGUUUACAGUUAAUACCUCUUAUAAAAGUGAGCUGUCCAAAAAUUAAAGUCUUCACUCGAUGCUUGAAGGUUGAGAAAUUUAAGACCAGAACGUGGAAACAUUUGCUUCAGUCUUCAAACUCCUGGUCUGUUCAGGUUUUGCUGGUUGUCAGUCGUUGGUUUUAUCAUUCAUGAUGUUUGUACCGAAUAAUCCUGUUUCUAAAUAAAGCAAAGUCUCAUCCAGCUGCUGAUGUCAUUAUGACUCAUCAACAUCUGUUAACGCUCAAACACAAACCUCACGGCUUUAGAGUCCAGAGACUAUAUUACACCCCAUCUAAUUCUUUUAUUCAGCUAAACCCUCAGGUCCUUUCUGAACUAUUUGUUUUUAACAAUUUUUUGGUGUCAAAAGAGCACUUUGGUGUUGGUAAUGUUCCUAAACCUUGUCUGACUUUUUCUGUGAGGUUUGUGUAUAUCGUGAGUGUUUAAAGUCAGAUUCAUGCAACUAACUUUACUGCACAAACAUGUACAUUGUUUGUUUCAGCCUGAUGAAUAUAUGUUUGCAAGAUUUGAUUAUUAGCAUAAUCGCUGUAUAUAAAGGUGCUUUCAGACGGUUUGGCUGUUACUGCCUCCUCCACUGUCUUCACUGUAAUGGUGGCAGCUGGUGGCAAGCAGAGGGAGGGUAGCUGCCGCCUGAGCUGAUGAUGGUGCGGCUUUUCCAAUCUGCCAUCGUAUCGUGGUCAAUACAGGAGCUGUUUUUAUCUGAUAUCUGAGUUCACCUCUACAUCGGCAGUGACCAAAUCAAUCAACAACAACAUGUCUGGUCUGCGACUUUAAACGAGUGUGUUUACUAGUGUCCUUGUUAUGUUGAGGUAUGUGGAGAAUCCCAGUUGUGUGGUCCACAUGUAAACCUCAUAUCAUGUCCUGGUUUCAGAAAUUGGAAGAUUUUGAAUGCACAGCUUUUUUUUGUGAUGGAGUAUACUUUCAUUGAACUAUUUGUAGAUCUGAAUACUCCAUCCAGCACUGAAUAUGGUCAGCAGUCCACAUACUUUUGGACAUACAGUGUGGCUGUGAAUCCCUAAAGGUGAUGUAUCCUUACCUGUAAUCAGACAUCUCUAAUAAAACUCAGAAAUGACCUGAGUUUUCAGUCACAUGUUUAAAGAUGUUCCUGGAUCAGUUUGAACUCAGCAGAGAGACUCUGAUUCACAGAUAUAUGUGGUUUUUCUUUGACUGUUUAUCAUGAAGACCAGCUGCUUAAACUGAAUUCAGAUCAGAUGAGUCAAGUCACGUUUUAAUGUCUGCAGGUUGUGUUGGAUAAGUGGAAACAGCUGACUGCUUUGAAAACAGGUUUCUGUCUGCAGAAACAUGGAUUCUCAUAUUUUUAGUUGUGAAUGUUUGUUUGACUCCAUUGUAUCUAGAAAACCAUGAAGAAAAAAUCAGACGGCAGCUUCACAUCAGGCGAAC